UCCAGCGUCCUCGGCUCUGAGUCGGCUCAGCAGCAUCUGAUGUUUGUGUUUGAGGAGCUCUCUGACUCUCUUCCUGCUUUGCUCCUCGUCUCUUCUCCUCUUGGUCUCCUCUCCCAGACCAGCUGAGGGGAAGAGAAGCUGUUUGGUGGAAGCUACAUGGUGGUGGGCUCGUCCGUCUGAUGGUUCAGGCCUAACGUGUGCCCGGACCAGUGUGUGUGGGCCCUGCUGAGCACAUGAAGAACACUCCUCAUUGGAUGUGUGUGGACCCCCCCUCCAUCUCACUUCAUUACCAGAAGCUUUGACUGCACUCAGAUCAGUUUCACAGGACGGACAGCAAGAGUCCUGCUGCACGGGAGCCACGAGAGGAGCUGAUGUGUAGCUCGCGGUGUGACCUUUGACCUCCCACGUCACGUGACACCAGACCACGGGUCCCGACAGCAGGAGGUGAAACACGUCCCAGUGAACGUCUCCUUCGUCCUCACACAGGCCGCAGCGUCGCCAUCGCGUUACUUUCUCUUUCGUGUACAACCUGCGCGCGGCUCUUCUACCUAGUUUCAAGUGACGUCACGCUCAGCUUAAAUUCCCAUUGGCUCAGACGGAGGUGGAGGGCAGCGCUCCUCCUCCUCCUCCUCCUCUCGCUCCCCUCAUACAGUCCCGGUCCCGGACCUGAACGCACCGCAUCCCUGUUCCUCCCGCAGACCGAGAAGCAGCAGAAGUCCCCGAUGACGUGGACUCUGUGUCUCCUGAUGAUGAGCCUUCACGGCGCGGCGGCAGUGACUCACUCUCUGAAGUACUUCUACACUGCGUCCUCUGGAGUCCCAAACUUCCCAGAGUUUGUGUCUGUUGGGCUGGUUGAUGAACUUCCAAUAAGUCACUAUGACAGUAAGACCAGGAGAGAAGAACCCAAACAGGACUGGAUGAGGAGAGUCACAGAACAGGAUCCUCAGUACUGGAAGAGAGAGACUGAGAAGUCUUUGGGCAACCAGCAGGUCUACAAAGGCAACAUUGAAACAGCAAAACAGCGCUUCAAUGAAACUGGAGGUGUCCACAUUUUCCAGAAGAUGUACGGCUGUGAAUGGGACGAUGAGACUGGUGAGGUCAAAGGUUAUCAACAGUAUGGUUUUGAUGGAGAAGACUUCCUGUCUUAUGACCAUGAGACAGAGUCCUGGAUCGCUCCCAGACAACAGGCUGUCAUCACCCAACAGAGGUGGAAUAACAACAAAGCUCUGAUGGAAAACAAAAAGCACUACUACACUGAGGUGUGUCCUGAGUACCUGAAGAAGUAUGUGAACUAUGGGAGGAGCUCUCUGAUGAGAACAGAGCUUCCCUCAGUGUCUCUCCUCCAGAAGACUCCCUCCUCUCCAGUCUGCUGCCACGCUACAGGCUUCUACCCGACCACAGCCACACUGUUCUGGAGGAAAGAUGGAGAGGAGCUGCACGAGGACGUGGACCCAGGAGAGAUCCUCCCCAACCACGACGGAUCCUUCCAGAUGAGCGUGGACCUGAAGCUCUCAUCAGUCCCAGCUGAAGACUGGAGGAGGUACGAGUGUGUGUUUCAGCUGUCUGGUGUGAAGGACAUCAUCGUCACCCCACUGGAAGAAGCUGUGAUCAGGACCAACAGAGAGAAGUCUUCUGACACCACCAUCAUCACCAUCAUCAUCAUCGUCCUCGCUGUGGGGGCUCUUCUGGCUGUCGCUGUGGGGGGAGUGGCUUACAAAAAGAGGACAGCCAAAUGCCCUCCGAGUCCUGACAACAGCUCCGAGCUCUCUGAGAAACUGAACCCUGAGACUCAGUGAGGACCUCGGUGACCUGCACACGGUUCAUGGAUCAAUAUUGCUCCGGAUCAAGAAGUGAUGUCACCACAUUCUCCUCCAUGAACUGUGAAUUUAUUGAUUAUUCAUCAUUCGCAUCGUAGAUCGAUUGAAUCGGGAGUUUGAAUCUAGUUGGAGAUGAUUAUUGAUUUUGAUACAAAAGAAAACAUGUUUUAAAAAGUACGAGUGAAAACAUCAACGGUGAAGUUAUAUUAUUGGGAAGGUUUAAAAAUGUAAUUUAAUCUUUUGUGUUCAUCUCAAACAAAUUUAAUACUUCUGCUGUUGGAUUUCUGCUGUAAUCAAUAUUGGUGACACACACACACACACAUAUACACACACACACACACACACAGACACACACACACACAGACACACACACAUACACACACAGACACACACACACACACAUAUACACACACACACACACACACAGACACACACACACACAGACACAGACACACACACAUACACACAUACACACACACACAUAUACACACAUACACACACACAUAUACACACACACACACAUACACAUACGGACACACACGCACACACAGACGCACACACACAUACAUAUACACACACACACACACACAGACACACACACACACACACAUACACACACAUAGACACACACACAGACACACACACACAUACACACACAUAUACACACACACACAGACACACAGACACACACACACACACAGACACACACAUUCUUUUCCAGUUAUGUGAAUAGUUUGAUUGUAUAUUUUCUUAAUUUUUAGCACCAGGCCAAAGUCAAUAAUUUAUGUCUCUGAAUUAA